GAACACCCAAAGUACCCGGAUGAGUGGUACAUAAAGGCAAACGAGCCGUUUCUCGGCCUUUCCCUGGACUGCGAAGGCGCCGCUAUUUCCUGGCUCACCGCUGUUCGCCUGGUUCUCUCCCGAAUAAGUCGGUCAGGAAGAAUACUACGCAAUGGCUUUCAAAGACACCGGUAAGGCACCUGUUGAGACUGAGGUGGUCAUUCACCGCAUCCGCAUCACACUCACCAGCCGCAAUGUGAAAUCUCUGGAGAAGGUGUGCGCAGACCUGAUCCGUGGCGCCAAGGAGAAGAACCUGAAGGUUAAGGGACCAGUCCGCAUGCCAACUAAGACUCUUCGUAUCACCACCAGGAAGACCCCUUGCGGUGAGGGCUCCAAGACAUGGGACCGCUUCCAGAUGAGGAUCCACAAGCGCCUGAUAGACCUUCACAGCCCAUCUGAGAUUGUCAAGCAGAUCACCUCCAUCAGUAUCGAACCAGGGGUCGAGGUCGAGGUCACCAUUGCAGAUGCAUAAAUGAUGAAAUAAAGAGAAAAGAAACUUG